AUGCAUGUUUUCUCCUCAAAAACUGGGUUAUGGAAGGAGAAGUCAUUUAUUCGCCAAGGGGAUUCCGCAGGAACAAUCGCAGAGGUAAGAUCGGCUUAUGAACCAUUCUACAGUGCUGCCUAUUGGAAAGGGGCGCUCUAUGUUCAUUGCGAACAAGAUUCCGUUUUCAGAAUUAACUUGUUGCAUGAUGAGUACCAACUAAUUAAGCUUCCAAAAGGAAAAGAAGGAUAUCACAAAGUUCGUAUUGGAAAAUCGAAGAAUGGGGUGUAUUCUGUAUUCUGCGAAGGGCUAUGCACAUUUCAGGUUUGGUUCCUUGAUGAAUCGCAUGGCCAGACGGAGUGGGUAUUGAAAAGUGACAUAAACCUUCAACCAGCUGACAAAAAUUAUGCUUGGAACGAGUUGGACGAUGGCCCCUGGAGCUUACAAUCGGACGAUCAGAGGGACUGGGUGUUGAAGAAUGAUGUCAACCUUGAGCCAGUGGACGGCAUCAGGGGAGCAACAGUGCAAGAUGAUUUUGAAUGGGACACUGACAAUGAAUGUAUCAUUGGCACUACAGAUUGGGGGAAAAAAAAUGAAAAUCCAACAUACUUUCAUUGUCUUGGAUUUCAUCCUUACAAAGAGAUUCUUUUGUUUCAUGGGGCCCGUAGAACAGUCGCCUGCUAUUUUGAUAGUUUGAAAUUUCGAGACCUGGGUAAGAUGGACUAUAGAUAUGGCGAGAUACGGGAGUGUUUUCCAUAUGCCUCUUGUUGGAUGAGAAACUUACCAGGAAGCAACUAA